AUGACGCCACAUCCGAAGACUCCAUCAUCUCCUCCUCCAGACCAGUUAGAUUCAUCCAUGUCUUCCUGUGUUAUACAAUCAGGGGAAACACCAUUCCCUGUCUGGCGUAGCGGACCUUGGAACGGUCAGAUUUUCAUCGGUUUACCGGAUUCGAUAUCUCUCCUGUUUCUUGAUGGGUUCAACGUUUCCAAUGAUAACCAAGGAACGUUUUUAAUCUCUUAUGCUACUGACUCUUUCAUGCAUCACUUCAACUUGGAUCCUGACGGAGCUCUCUACAUGAGAAGCUGGAACACUUCCACGAGAGCUUGGACGGUCGACGCCAUUAUUCCAUCAACAACUUGUGAUGCGUACAAUAGAUGUGGUCCGUUCGCGAGCUGCGGUUUACAGGAAGUUCCGCCUUGUAAAUGCGUGAAAGGGUAUGUGCCUAGGAAUAGCACAGAGUGGAACCGAGGGAUCUUUACUAAUGAAUGUGUGAGAAGAGUUCCAUUGAAGUGCAAUGUAAGUACUGGUGGUGGUGGGAAAGAAGAUGGGUUUUUUAAAAUGCAGAAGAUGAAAUUACCAGCAAAUGUGGAGAAGUCUGUAGCUAAUGAGAAGGAUUGUCCUAAAGUUUGUUUAGAAAACUGUUCUUGCAUUGCUUAUGCUUAUGAUCGAGGAAUCGGCUGCAUGCUUUGGAGUGGUAGCUUAGUUGAUAUGCAAUCACUUUUGGGGAGUGGUAUUGAUCUUUAUAUUCGGGUUUCGCAUUCCGAAUUCAAAACACAUAGUAAGCGAACCGUUUUGAUCACAUCAUCCGUGCUAGGCGUUGUGUUUGUUGCAAUGGUCUGUGUUCUAUUGGCAUGCAGGAAAUUCAAAAAGCGUCCAGCACCAGAGGGAGAUAGAAGUGCAGAGCUAUUGUUUCAAAGAAUGGAGGAACUUACAAGUGGUAACGAGUCUUCUUCUAACCAAGUUAAGCUCAAAGAUCUUCCUCUUUUUGAGUUUGAAGUGUUGGCUACAUCAACCGAUAACUUCUCGCUCAUAAACAAGCUCGGGCAGGGCGGGUUUGGUCCUGUUUACAAGGGAAUAUUGCCAAAUGGGCAAGAACUUGCAGUGAAGAGGCUCUCUAGGGCAUCAGGACAAGGACUUGAGGAACUUAUGAACGAAGUAGUUGUGAUUUCAAAGUUGCAACAUAGGAAUCUAGUGAAGUUACUUGGAUGUUGCAUUGAAGGUGAAGAAAGGUUAUUGGUAUAUGAAUACAUGUCAAAGAAAAGCUUGGAUGCCUAUCUAUUUGACCCAAUGAAGCAAAAUAUUCUUGAUUGGAAGACUCGGUUCAACAUAAUGGAAGGGAUUUGCAGAGGUCUUUUGUACCUUCACAGAGAUUCAAGACUAAAGAUCAUACACAGAGAUCUAAAAGCCAGCAACAUUUUGCUAGAUGAGAACCUAAAUCCAAAGAUAUCUGACUUCGGACUUGCAAGAGUUUUUCGAGCAAAUGAAGAUGAAGCUAACACAACAAGGGUUGUUGGAACAUACGGGUAUAUGUCACCGGAAUAUGCAAUGGAAGGUUUCUUUUCAGAAAAAUCAGAUGUUUUCAGCUUGGGAGUUAUAUUUCUAGAGAUCAUAAGUGGGAGAAAAAACUCUCACAAGGAAGAAAAUAAUCUAAAUCUUUUAGCUUAUGCGUGGAAGCUAUGGAAUGACGGCAAGGCUAAUUCUCUAGCAGAUCCAACCAUCUUUAAUGAGUGUUUUGAGAAAGAGUUUACAAAGUGUGUUCAGAUUGGUUUGUUGUGUGUGCAAGAAGUUGCAAGCGAUAGACCAAAUGUGUCAACCAUGAUUUGGAUGCUAACUACCGAGAACACGAACCUUCCUGAGCCGAAGCAGCCUGCAUUUAUAGCAACAAGAAGAGUUUUUGAGGCUGAAUCUUCUGGCCAGAGCAGUCAAAAGGUCUCCAUCAACGAUGUGAGCCUCACAGCUGUAACCGGACGUUAAGCUCACACAAGCAAUUCUGUAUGUUUAUUUAAUAUAUUUAUAUGAAACUCCUAUGUUCCCAAAAAUUUUGUUAUCUUGCUUAUGUUUAAUUGUUAGAUUAAAGAAUAAGAGAUGUAUUUCAGAGAAGUUAUGUUCAGAUUCACUAACUACAGAUUUGGUAUUAUUUACCUUAGUUAAUAACACUUUAUGUGAAAGGGAGCUGUGUCGAUUAUUUCAAUAGAUUCUAGUACUGGACCUACUCUGAGAUGCAUUAACGAACCUCGAUGAAGAAACUGAAUCUGAAUAAAAGCAGAAAAACAAAACCGACACAUGUUCUUGAGAAGCCAGAGUAGGUUCUGUCUUGAGACAUUAUUAUCGUUUUUUUUUGUUUUGGGUUGGUUUGCUAUAUUGAUUAGGUUACUUCUGCAAGUAAACAAUUUUUACUCAAGAGAUGAAAAAUACAAGUCGGCUAACGUGAGUAGUCCUGUGACUCCUGUCGCUUUCUUUGUCACAUUUCAAAUCUUGUCUGCACCACAAACGUCUUCAAAGUCUUCUAAUAGAGACAAAGAUGACUACUUUAUUAAUUGGCCUCUCUUUAGGAUGAAACUCUUCCAAAAGAGAAACAACAAAGCAAAUUUAACACCAUUCCUUGUCAAAUAGUUAUGGUGACUCUACUCAGCAGACGUUGUUUUCUUGUUCUACUUCUACUUGCAACAUUCUGUUUCGGCCAGGACAGUAUCACGAACAGAGAGAGAGAAUAGGUCAGGAAAGAGAGAAGAGAGAGAGAGAGAGAAAGGGAGGCCCACAACAAAAGUAAGAUCUUUGGGCUUAGGAUUAAUGCUAAAUUUGAUUUUUGGUCGACGUGUGACAUUGUCAACCUAAGCAAUGACGUGAAGCAAACACAGCCUGUCCGAAACAUUUCUCUCAUAACCAAAUCAGAUUAUGUUUAUGUUUUGUAAUAAAAUUGUCAAAUUUGAAAGGUAAAGGUAGGGUGCAGAGCUAUAUCGUGUAGAUUUAUGUCUCAGUUUUUUUUUUUUUUGAUCAAAGAUUUAUUAUGUCUUAGUUACAGAUCUGUAUUUGUUAGGUACGGACUGUAGACAAAAUCUUAUUUUUAUGUAUUGGAACUUCUUCUCUUCGCUACUUUUAACUUGUUUUUCCUUUUCUGAUUUUGUCCCAAAGACAGUCAUAAAGAAAAUGGUGAUUAAAAGUUUUCUUAUUGAAGGAAUCAGAUGGGAAUCAGUAACCGAAGGUGAGAGGAUACUGGAGCCUACGCGCAGACCGGAUGGUACUCUCCGGAAACCCAUUGGGAUUCGAGCUGGACAUACAUGUUCCAGAAGACAAAGUUGUCAUUUAUCAGUCCAAAGGUUCUCUGGUAAUUUGGAAUCAUUAUUCCUUCAAACACUGUCUUCUGUUCUUAAGCGUUGGAAGUUGAAUUCUUUGCAAUAGAUGAAGACGGAGAUGGCCUCACUAGGACCUCCAGGCUAUGAACCGGACCAAACUCCUAAACCAGUGACUAAAGCUGCUAAGAGGAACGAACGUAAGAAAGAGAAGAGGCGGCUUAGCUUUAAAGACAUGUUGUAGCUUUUUCUAAUUGACAUUGCUAGAAAACCAAUCCAGAAUUUGUAUGAAAAUCAAAUGAACACUAUGACUGUUUAAUGAUGGUCUGAUUGACAUGUUGUAGCUUUUUUCUCAACUAAAACAUGUGUUCAACAAAUAGAUGGUCUGAUGAUGUAAAGGUGCUGUAAAAAGAGAAUCCCAUGGCCAUUAGUGUAUCCCACAGCUACGUCAUUCCAUUUUCCACCGUCCCGGCAGUGAGUUCAACAUAUAAAUCCAUGUAAGCUUUAGGUGUCCUCGACCCCUUUUCCACCAUCUCAGGAAUAACUUCAACAUAAAGAUCUUUGCAGGCUUCAGGUGGCUUCAUCUCAUUUUCCACCAUCAUCUAUUUAAUAAAUGUAACAUAUACCUCUUUGCAAGCUUUGUCUCGCGUCAUCCCCUUUUCCACCUUCUCCUGAAUAAAAUAUAACAUACAGAUGUUUGCAAGCUUCAUGUGGUGGCUUCACCUCAUUUUCCACCAUAUCUUCAAUAAGUACAACAAAUAGCUCUUUGCACGCUUCAGGUAGUGGCGUCAUCCCCUUUUCCACCAUCUCAUGAAUAAGUACGUGAAGAUCCAUGCAAGGUUCAGAUGGUGCCACCAUCUCUUGUCUAAGUAUAACAUAUGUAGCCAUGCAAGCUUUAGGUGGCGUCAUCCCCUUUUCCACCAUCUCAUGAAUAAGUACGUGAAGAUCCAUGCAAGCUUUAGAUGGCGCCAUCAUCCCAUUUCCCACCAUCUCUCCAAUAAGUUUAACGUAUAGAUCCAUGCAAGGCUCAAGUGGGGUCAUCCCCUUUUCCACCAUCUCAUGAAUAAGGUUAUACGCCUUAUCUUCACAUUUGUUCUUGCAACAACCGUUUAUUAGUGCUGCGUAGGCCACAUCGUCAGGCUCCACCCCCGCUUUCAACCAUGUGACGAAAAAUAGUUUCCGCAUUUUCAACUUCCCCAUUCCUGCACUCCCGAUGAAUCAAAACCGUCUAGUAGUGAACGUCUGGUUCAAAUUCAAUGCAAGGGACUUCCAUUUCACUAUCUCCAUACGCAGCUCGGGGAUGUGAUCUUGAAUCAUUGUGUAUGUUGCCAAAUCAGGAACGACUCUUUUCUUCUUCAUGUCUUUAAAAAAACCAUAGGCUUCGUCGAACCGCUCCAUCAGGCAAUAGGUGUUGAUCAUGGUUGUGUAAGUGUACUUAUUAGGGGUGAUCUCUCUAGAUUUAAGUAAAACUUCGAAGUUCCGCCGGGCAUUUACACUGUUCCAGCUUCUUAUCUAAACUACGACGACAACUACAAAGGUUUCUGAUAACAGUGGCGUAAGCUUGGAAGCCAAGAAAAUUCCCCUUUCCUUCGAUUCGUUUCAGAAACGAUAAAGCACGAUAAGGAUGAUCCUUCAGACUAGUCGGUACUUGCAAAACCCCAGUUUCGUUUAUUUCCAAUGCUUUGACCUUGAAUUGACCUUCUUUCUCGACUUUCUCAGAGUGUGAGAUUGAUUGAGUAACAACCACGUAGAAUCUCCGCGCUCUUCGAAUUAGUCCUCCUCUCACGUGUGAGGAGAAUAACCAAAUCGGAAACAAACCCAUGAGACCGGUCUGUCUCCGACAAAAGCUUUAAAACCCUCCUCCUCCUACAGAGUUAUGACAAAUACAAUUCAAACCCAACAUAGGCCCAAUAACCCACAUGUUAACACACCCUAAAAAACGAAUUUACUUUUAUCCAAAUUAUUUAAAACUCCCUCAAAAAGAAGUUAUAAUCUAUAAUCCAAAAAAUCUGAAAUUUUGAUUUUAUUCUGAAACAAUAAAAAAAAUUGAAGACAAAAAGACCCGAAAUUAUUUCAAAAAAUUAAAAUCAGAUUAUUUCCAUAUAAUCGUAUAGUAAUAUAAGUAUAGAGAAUAUUUCUUACUUAAUUACUUUGAUUUUAAAAUAAUAAUUUAUUAUUUUAAAAAUACUCAAAAUUUAAAAUUUUGCAUAAAUAAAUUCUUGAAUUUUAAUAAAUGUUAAUGGUUUUAACUCCAAAAUAAUUAUUUGUAUUUAUAGUUGAUAUAAAAAUUUACAAAAAAAAUGAAAAAUAUUAUUUUGUGCUGUCAAAUGAUUUGAACAUCAAAAUCUGAUGAAUCCCGUAAAGAGUAGAGAUCAAGAUACACAUAUAAAUAUAAAUAUAAAUAUCAAAAUUUUACUUCAGAUUUUAUCUAGUACGGUUUGGUUUUUAGAUUUUCAUGUUGUUCAUAUUCAUUAUUUUAGCUAGGUUAUUUCAUUUCUAUGGUUAUCAGCCGGAAGCGUAAGGCGUGGACAAAAAAAGCAAACCCAAAAUCUGAACCUAACAGAUCCGAAGAUAAUCUGAAUCUUGAACUAGAGUUGGAUCCGCGCAUCCGCACCGGUAUAUAUUUUUACCGUUUACAAAUAAUCCUAGAUAUUCAGUUUUUGGUUCGGUUUCAGCAAAUUUAUUUUGGUUCCUCGGUUCUAGAGAUUUAAGAUCUGUUAGGGUAUUUAUAAAGUUCCACUCGGUUCCGGUUUUUCAGUUAAUUUGGUUGAAAAGUAAAAAAAAAAUGAUUUUUCAGAUUAAAUAUCAGAUUUUUUGGGUUUUCAAAUACAAAUUCGGAUAAUUCAAAUAAAUUUAAAUAUUGUGGAUAAAAAGUAUUCAAAUUUUUUGGGUAAUUUGACUUGUAAGAAAAAUUUUAAUUAUUUGAUUAUUUUAAAACUAAAUAUAUUAAAUGUUUUUUUUUGGUUUAGAUAUAUAAAAUCUAUUAGUAGAAUUGAUAUGAUUCAAACCUGAACAAAACUAUGUUUUUUGGUUUGCCACGGUUUUGUUCGGCUCUUUGGUUUAGAGUAAAUGUGUCAAUGCCUAAUUACAAAGAUCAAUAGUUUAUAUAUAUAUUUAAUAUUAUAGAUAUAUAAAAUUUACCAUAUUAUAUGUGUGUUUAUAUAUAUAUAUAUAUGUACAUUAUAAAAGUAGUCUCUAUAAAUACUGAAUAAAUAAAUAGAAAUAUUUAUCACUUUAUAUAUAUAUAAUUAUUGAGCUUCUUUCACUUUAUAUAUAUAUAUAUAAAGUGUUGUUUUAUUUGUAAAUAUAUAAAAACAGGAAUAUAUAAAGUGAACAAAUUUUUUGAAAACAGAAAAUAUGUUUAUGAAUUAUUUAAUAUACAUUCUUUUAUUGUUAAAGUUGUAAUAAACAAAAUAUUCCUUUUUAUACAAGCCGAAUGUGAUUUGCAAAUUUUGAAAACAAAAUAUACAAAUUGUGUUAGUAAGGUUGCUAUUGUUUUAUUUAUGAUGAUUGCUCUUAAAUAGGAAAGAUUUUUGAAAUGUUAUUGAUUUCAAGAAAAUACCGAAUUUAGUUUUGAUUUUUUUGCACCGAAAAAAAUCUUUUGAGACUAACUAACCAAAUUUAGUAUUUUAAAUAUAUUUUGCAUUUUAUACAAACCUCUUUGAUGUAGAAUCUUAUAUUUACUUCUCUCUCUUUAGGUCUUGUUUUUAUAUGAGCAGGAACCUGCUUUUAAAGGUCCAGCUUUUACUCAAUAAUGUGUCGUAUAUGUUUUAAAGAAACCUGGAAAAAUAUACAAUUAUAACAAAAACAGGAUCCAAAAUAUGUAAUUGAUUUAGUGGUAUACAUGAAAAACUACUUAGAUGAGGAAGAGUUCCUCGAUAAUUACACGCUUGAUUAAUCAUGAUAUAUUGGAUCAAAUUUAUGUGAUAGGUCUUACACGAUUGGUAUAUAAUAGUAGUUUAUUGAAUUUUGAAUAAAUUGGAUUUGAUUCUGCAGACUAACAUAAACCAAUGUAUUAUGUAUUAUAUUGUUAAUGCAACACGUCAUUUUGGGUUAAAUCUUUAAAUUUAAUUAAACUGAUUUAAUAAUAUUGUAAAAUGACUAUAUUAAUGGUCAAUGGCAUAAACUUGCAAUCUUUAGGAAAAGUCGAGAAUAUUUUAAAUUUGUACUUCUGUUUUAAUAAAUUAGAUAAAUACACAGUUUAUUGUGGUUUUUGUUUUAUACGAACCAAACAUGAAUUCAAGUAUAUAACUUAAAAAUUUCAACAAUAAAAUAUCAAAUUCAAAACCAAUACCGAAUAAGUACUUAAAAUACUCAAAGCUUCAAAUAAAUACAUAAAUAAUUAUCCAUUACAUGAAUAAUUAACUUAGUUACACAAUUUCUUUUUUUUUGGCAUUUGGUCAAAUAUGAGGUUUUUAUAUUCUUACAAUUGCAUUUGAUUUUUAAGUAUGAAUAAUUUUAAAUUAAAAUUUAAAAAUGUUUAUUUUAUUUUAUUUUUAAAAUUUAAAUAAUGUUUUGAACGUUAAUAGAGUUAUUGGUUGCUAGUUUAAACUGUUUAUUAUUUCCUCUUCAAAAUAUUAGUAAUUUUCUUUAAAUAUAAAUAUAUCAAAAUAAAUUAAAAUUAUAUAUAAUAACACAAACGUACACUAAAUAAGUUUUUUUCUUGGUAAAAGAUCUUAAGUAAAAAAACAGAUUAUUUCCUUACAGAUAUAAAGUUAUAAAAGUAUAGAGAAUAUUGUUACUUAAUUAUGUUAAAUUUUAAAAUGAUUUAUAUUAUUUUUAAAAUAAUCAAAUAUUUAAAUUUCCAAUAAAUAAAUUCUACAAUUUUUAAUAAAUGUUAAUGGUUGUAACUCGAAAUUAUUUAUAACUAGGUGAUUUUUCCGUGCUCAUGCACGGAUAUAAACAUAUACAAAUAAAUAUAUUUUCAUUAUUAAUACUCUAAUUUUAAUUUAUAUGUUUGAUUUAUUUUAUAUAACAUUAUAUAAUUUUAAUUAGAUAUAAAAUUUGAAUAUAUAAUAUCUAUAGUCGAUGAUGUGAUUAUUACUUUGGUAUAUUGAAUUGUAUUUAAUUAUCCAUAUUUAACCGUAGUAUUUUUUUUUGCUAAUAUAGAUUAAUAUUUUGAUUUUGUUUUAUUUUUUACAUUUAUAUUUUGGUCUUGGACUUUAAAAUAUAUUUUGUCUAAAUUACUCAUUUGUGGAUGAUAAAUCUAAGAAAAUGGCUGACAUAAAUACAAUAUUUUUAUUAAUUAAUAUAUAUUCUGUUGUUUAAUAUUAUGUUUUAAAGAGAGGUUAUCUUUUUUAACAUCAAAACUGUUUUUUGUGAACUUUAUUUUUUAUGAAAUCACAUUAUAUAAAUAUCUUUUUAUAAAAAACUUGUCUUUCCUUUUUGUAUAUAGUAUUUUCGUUUUUAAUAUAUGAACAUUUUCUUUUUUAUUAUAUAUGCUAUUUAGAAAAAAAUAAAAAAGGAAACUAAAAUUUAAAAUGUAAAUUGGAAUAAACUAUAAUUGUUUUUGUAAAUAUUAACUUCGUUUUUAUUAUAUGAAUAUUUCUUUUUUAUUAUAUAUAAUUUAACAAAAUAUACAAAGGAAACUAAAAUUUAAAUGGAAUAAAUUAUUAAAUAUUUUUAAUAAUGUCAAUUUGAAAUAAUAGUUUAAUUCAUUAAGGGUACCUCUGUAAAUAGCCGUUGUAAAAAUUAACGUGAGCACGACACGUAGGAAACUGACUUGUCAAAUAAUAUUAUAGAGAUAAUAACUGAAUAUAAAAUUUACAUAACAGUGGAAAACUUUCUCUUCUGAUUGUAACACUAGAAUAUAAUAAAUCUUCUAUAGAAUAGUGAGAUACACAUAUAAGAUAUUCAUAUAAAAAUUUUACUUCUGAUAUUUAUCUUACAGAGUUUUAUGUUUACAUUACUUCGUUGCCCAUGUUUGUUUAUUUAGCUUGGGUCAUUUAAUUGCUCUUGUUAUAGCGAGGAAGAGUUAGGUGUAGACAAAAAAAAAAGCAAACCCAAAAAACUUAAUCAUACAGAUCCGAAAAAUAUGAAUCCGAAUCAUAUAUAAAUACAUAGUAUUUUCGACUUUUUAUUUUAUCCGACCGAAAACAAAUUCGAGUAGAUAACUCAAAAUUUUCAACAUAGAAUAAGUACUUUAGAUAUUCAAAGAUUCCAAUAUAUACAUAAAUAGUUAUCUAUUACAUGAAUAAUUAUUUUCAGAUAUAAAGUUUUUGAUAUAUUUUUGGUAUGUAGUCACGUAUGUGGUUUUUAUAUUCUUACAAUUUUGAUGUCCGAUUAUGAAUAAAUUUAAAUUUAAAAUUUAAACAGUUUUACUUUAUUUUGAAAUUUAAAUAUUGUUUUCUAUAUUUAUAGUGUUGCUAAUUGCUAAUUUAAGAUUUUUAUAUUUUCCUCUUCGAAUUAUUAUAAAAUGGCAAUUUUGUAUAAAUAUAACAUUACAUCUCAUCUUGGACCCAUAUUACGACAACAACAUCCAUUGUAUGAUUCACACUUGCCAUAUCGAUAAUAACGAUCGUGACAAAAAAUUGCGCAUGUUUUGUUGUUUCCACCAUGUUCACAUGGUCCCGCGUAACAGUCAUAUCCUUCUGGAUUUAUUCCAAAACCUAUAUAUAAUAAAAAUUUAUUAGACCAAUCUGUACAUUAAUUAAUAGAGAAACAUAAUCAUCUCCAUUGUUAAAGAGUGGAAACCAACCUAGAGUAUUAGCAGUUGUUGCACGACAAGAAACAAAAGAGAUUAUGUGAAUGACACUGAUAACAAAUAUGACUAAGUUUUUCAUCGUGAUACCCAUUGUUAUGAUAUUUCUAGUCUGUUUUAUAAAUUUCUCUUUAUUUAAAGUAAAACUAUAUAUAGUGACACAAACAUACACAAAAUAGGUAUUUUCAUGGUCAAAGAUGUAGAGUAUAAAAUCAGAUUAUUUCCAUAGGACUGUAUAGUAAUAUAAGUAAAGAAAAUAUUUCUUUCUUAAUUAGUUGUAUUUUAAAAAUAAUUUUUUUUAUUAUUUUAAAAAUACUCAAAUUUGUAAAUAUUGCAUAAAUAAAUUCUUGGAUUUUUAAUAAACGUUAAUGGUUGUCACUCCAAAAUAAUAAUUUGUAUUUAUAGUUGAUAUAAAAUUUUACAAAAAAGUUGAAAAACAUUCUUUUGUGCUGUCAAAUGAUUUGAACAUCAAAAUCUGAUGAAUCCCUUAAAGAGUAGUGAUCGAGAUACACAUAUAAAAUAUAAAUACAAAUAUCAAAAUUUUACCUCAAACUUUAUCUAGUACGGUUUGGUAUUUAGAUUUUCAUGUUGCUCAUGUUCAUUGUUUUAGCUAGGUUAUUUCAUUUCUAUGGUUAUCAGCCGGAAACGUUAGGCGUGGACAAAAAAAAAGCAAACCCAAAAUCUGAACUUCACAGAUCAGAAGAUAAUGAAUCUGAAUCUAAUCUUGAAUAAAUACAGUUUAUUGGAGUUUAGAUUUUAUCCGAACCAAACAUGAAUUCAAGUAGAUAACUUAAAAAUUUCAACAAUAAAAUAUCAAAUUUAAAAUCAAUACCGAAUAAGUACUUAAAAUACUCAAAGCUUCAAAUAAAUACAUAAAUAAUUAUCCAUUACAUGAAUAAUUAACUUAGUUACACAAUUUCUUAUAUUUGUUUUUGGCAUUUGGUCAAAUAUGAGGUUUUUAUAUUCUUACAAUUGCAUUUCAUCAUCACAGUUUCGUACGGUCUCAAAAAAAUCCGAGUUCUCCCAAAUCUUAUCUUUUUAUUCUCCUCCGAUCAUGAUGCAGCACCACGUUUGAUGUCUUUGUGACAGGAGUUAAUGAGUUUUAUGUCUUGACAACUUUAAUCUCUCCUGUUCGUUUUCUGUCCGAAAGAUUUGAUUUUUAUGGACAUGACGAUCAAAAUCGAACAAAUUUGAUGUCUUUGUGACAGUUCUUUCUGUUAAAGUAAUCCGGAACAAGCAAACCUCUCAAGUUGAAGGUUACGGUUUCAUCGAGUUCCUAUCCCACGCUGCUGCUUAGGGAUGUUAUGUAUGAUACGACAGCACUCCUGUCCCUGGCCUUCCUGAUCACCUCUUUAGAUUAAACUGGGCCUCGUUGAGUUCUGGAGAUAAACGUGACGAUUCGCCUGAUUACACUAUCUUCGUUGGUGAUCUCGCCGCUGAUGUCACUGACUACGUUUUGCUAGAGACGUUCAAAGCCUCUUAUCCUUCGGUUAAAGGUGCGAAGGUUGUUAUCGACAGAGCCACUGGGCGUACGAAGGGAUACGGUUUCGUUAGGUUUUCUGAUGAGAGUGAACAGAUUCGUGCCAUGAGCGAGAUGAACGGUGUUCCUUGUUCGAGUAGGCCUAUGAGGAUUGGGCCAGCUGCUAGUAAAAAAGGUGUAUCUGGUCAAAGAGUUUGUGUCAAAGCAAGGGAGUCAAGAGGCUCUCUAAUCCGUCGAUCUCAUUGCAAAAGAAGAGGUUUCCACCCAGAUCCGUUGGUCUCCGGAAGGUUCCUUAUGAUGCUGCAGGUGCGAUGGCCAGUUCACACACGCUAGCUUCACUCGUUGACCAUUCUCGUCUACAAUCCAACGGGAGCUUGUGGAAAGAGGAUAUGCCAUGUUUGGGACGGUGUGUGCAAUGAAAGAGAAGAAGAAACAUAAUAAAGGGAAAGUGCAAGACAGGUGUUUUGGCUAUUUUCUUGUCAUUGCCUGUAUGAAGUUGUGUUUUCUUAUUUCUAUGUUGUGCUGGAGAAUCAUUUUGCAAUAGUCUUAUUUAUAGACGGAGAGCGUUGUGAGGAGUAAAUGUCUUUGUCAUUAAGAAAUGUUCUUACUUUACUAUUUCAUAUAUCAUCAGUUUUUUUUUUUAA